CUGAUGACUACGCAAAUCAAAAGGAGCCUCCUUCGCGUUUACUUUUACUUCGAUCAAGCAUAUACCCAGGCAUAUUGAGCGAGGUCGCAGUGAAGUAUUUAUCCACUUCUACAUUAAUGGACCUAGAGGUUGCUGCAGUGAGUUCGGGGGUAAGGAUAGGUUUGGCCUGAGAAUAACUUCAUCGCUCGCGUUUUCCUUCAAAUGACCACUGAGAAAGGCCCUGUCUAACACGACUUGCCUUUUGCCUUUCACCAUGUCUCAUCACGAUGAGUACCGUCAAUGGCCGUUCCUCACUCAAGAGGAGUUUGAGCUUGCCUGCGCUUUCUUUGAUCAGAAAUAUAUCAGAGCAAAGUUAGGGCCCAAAAGACGGAUGCUUAAGAUCCGUCCUAGGAGAGCUGCAACAACGGGGGCCUCUUUUAUUGAGAUUCUUCGAUUGAUCCAGCUUCCUGAAGAUGAAGAUGAUCUGUCACGGGCCCUUGAGAAGCUGGGUGGUGAUGUUUCAACUUCUGAAUGUGAGAUGGAGAUAGAUAGCCGCAGUGAAGACGCAGAUGAAGAAGCUCUGCGGCCAAAUUCGAUUGUCCCGCCAGGGCCAGGUCUUCCUCCACAAUACGCCCUGUAUUCUCAUCAGCCAUACGUGACUUAUGAAAUCCAUUUACACCAAACUUACAACGUGCCUACGUUGUGGUUCACACUACAUGACCUUCCAAUGGGCGAGCCAAGCUUUGACCUGGAUUCAGUCUAUAGGUACCUCGUACCGGACGAGUUUAAAAGUCGACUCCGCGCGGCGGGUAUAACUGGAGGAAUAUCAGCUGCACCGCACCCAAUUACAGAUGUUCCAUCCUUCUUUAUUCAUCCAUGUCAGACGAAAGAAGCUAUGGAGAACUUUGAUUGCCCAAUCGCGGAUUAUCUGAUGGUAUGGCUUGGUUUAGUUGGAGGCUGCGUUGGACUGUGGGUACCCCGUGAAAUGGCUAUAGAUGACGCGGGAAAUCAAUGAUAAUAGAGCUGUUCGCCAGUCUUAAUUUAGUGUUUCGAAUGUUUAGGGUACUUCAAGACGUUGUGCACCGCCAUGGGAUGAUGGGUGGAAUCUGGUGCUCGUGAUAUAUUCUUGGAAAUGAUAUUUCCC